GUUUUAAGCGGGUUUUCCUAGGGUUUUUCUAUGCUUGUGAUUGUGAAGGUGAAGUACAAGAAAUUCUCUCAUCUGCAAUGGAUUCUUCGUCGCUCAACUCCCCUGACUUGCAGCACUUUCUCGAUCAAGAAAAACAAAAAGCUAUGGUGAAUGAAAUGAUCGGAAAGCUUACAUCUGCUUGCUGGGAUAAAUGCAUAACGGGUACUCCUGGAAGCAAGUUCAGUUCUAGCGAAUCGACUUGCCUCACAAACUGCGCUCAACGUUACAUGGAUAUGUCUCUUCUGAUCAUGAAACGUCUGCAGCAGCAAUGAACUAGGCCGAUCUUUCUCUUGGGUCUGAAGUAGAAGGUUUCUGAUAUCUGAUGCCAAGAGUCUACUCCUAUCAACAAUCAAAUUACACAAGUUCUUUGCAUUAAGACAAAAGUGUAUGAUAUAAAUUAUUUAUUACUAUCAUCUUCUGUGGUUAUUAAUUUUUUUUUAACACUAGUUACAUUCAUUGUAUCAGAUGUCUGUAUAUGGAUAUACCCUUGUUUGCGAAUUUCAAUUGCUGAUA